CAAUGGACAACGAGAACACACGGGCGGUUACAGUAUAACUGUAUUCAACUGAUGUGCAUCUGUUUGUAUAUCUUUUUUUUUAAAAAAGAGAUCAAUGUCGGUGUCAAAGUAUCUGGUAUGUUGUGUUAAUUUGAAAAACAGAAGAGUAACUUAGCUCGCGACGUGGUUGACAGCACUAACAGUCCAAACCGUUGCUACACGUGCUCGUCGCCUCCUCUGGCUAAAAAGAAACGAUUACCGCCGACAUUCUCCGUUUUCUGCCGUCUCCAGUGUUUCCUCUACCUGUUCCCUAACGACAUUUGUCGGUGUCCAGAUGGAGAAGGAGCCCCUGCCAACUGAUGAUGACAAGACAGAGGUCAAUGGCUACACUGGUGAGGAGAGUCAGCAGGCCUCGUCUGAGCCUCCAGCCCGAGCAGGAUGGAACAGUAAAAUAGAGUACUUUUUGGCUCAGGUGGGAUUCAGCGUCGGGCUUGGCAAUGUCUGGAGGUUUCCAUAUUUGUGCCAUCAGAAUGGAGGAGGAGCUUUUCUCCUCCUGUACGUGAUGCUCAUGCUGGUUGUGGGCAUUCCUUUGUUCUUCCUGGAGCUGGCAGCCGGUCAGGCCAUUCGACAAGGCAGCAUCGGAGUGUGGAGGUACAUUUCCCCCAGGCUUGCAGGGAUCGGCUAUUCCAGCUGUGUGGUGUGUUUCUUUGUGGCUCUCUACUACAAUGUGAUCCUUGCCUGGAGUCUUUUCUAUCUUGGGAACUCGUUCCAGCACCCUCUACCUUGGAACCAGUGUCCAGAACAGGGGAAUUUAACAGUAAAAGAAUGUGAAAAGAGCUCCCCCACAUCAUAUUUCUGGUACCGCAAAGCUUUGAAUAUCACAGACUCAAUUGAUGACACGGGCUCUUUCAAUCCUUACAUCGUCUGCUGUCUUCUGGCGGCCUGGACCAUCGUGUGCCUGGGAAUGUUCAAGGGUAUCAAGACCUCUGUCAAGGUGAUGUAUUUCUCCUCCAUCUUCCCCUACGUUGUUCUGAUCUGCUUCCUUGUCCGAGGACUCAUGCUGGAUGGGGCCUUAGAGGGAAUAUCCUUCAUGUUCUACCCCAAGGUGGAAAUUUGGGCAGACUUGCAGGUGUGGCGGCAGGCAGCCACACAGGUUUUCUUUGCCCUGGGACUUGGCUUCGGCUCCAUUAUUGCCUACUCGUCCUAUAAUCCCAAGAAUAACAACUGCCACCGGGAUGCCUUCACUGUCUCUGCUAUAAACUUCCUCACAUCUGUGCUGGCCACUCUGGUGGUGUUUGCUGUGCUCGGCUUCCGCGCCAAAGGCAAAGUCAUGGAAUGUGUAGUCAGUAAUAUGAAUGAGCUAUCGGAGCAGUAUCACAGCGGCCAUGUGGACGAAAACCUGAUGCCAAACUUCAACUACUCUGUUCCCAGUUCUGUGCAUGUACAGCGCUACAGGGCCUGGUUUAAAGAGCAUGGAAAUAAUGUCCCUUUCAAUUUAACGGACUGUGACCUAGAACAAGAGAUGCAGAAGGGUGUGGAGGGUACAGGCCUAGCUUUUAUUGCCUUCACAGAGGCCAUGUCACUUCUGCCUGGCAGCCCUUUCUGGUCAGCACUCUUCUUCCUCAUGUUGCUCAACUUGGGACUCAGCACCAUGUUUGGCACCAUGGAGGGCAUCCUCGCCCCGCUCACUGACCGCUUCAAAACUCUGGCCAACAACAAGACCAAACUCACAAUUUUCAGCUGCAUCAUAGGCUUUCUGAUUGGCCUACUCUUCACCCAGCGCUGUGGGAACUACUUUGUGAUGAUGUUUGAUGAUUACUCUGCCACUCUGCCCCUCAUUAUUGUGGUGGUGUUUGAGACCUUCAGUGUGUCCUGGCUAUAUGGAGCAGACAGGUUCCUUGACGACAUUGAGGCAAUGCUGGGCUGGCGCCCCAGUGUGGUGUACAAGUACCUUUGGAAAUACGUUUGCCUGCUUUCUAUGCUGGGGUUGCUGGGAGCCACCACCAUUCGCAUGUUCAUCAAACGACCCACUUACAUGGCAUGGAACCAAGCAAUGGCCUCUGAGGAACACCUGCCGUACCCUGGCUGGGCUCUGGCUGUUCUGGCUUUACUGAUCAUAAUUGCCAUGAUGCCCGUCCCAGUGGCCUUGGUCCACGCUGUUCUGAAGGAAAUGACAAAGAAAAUAUCCAGAGAUACAGAGAAUGGUGAAUACAGCAUGGUAAGCACAGAUGACAAGUGUGACACUCCCGUGACUGAAAUGACAGAAGUGGACCAAAGGAGUAGGACCUUUGCUUCUUUUUGCUAAACACUGAACUUGUGAUAUUACAGUGUGGGAAAUGAACCUGCAGUACCCAGUCAAAAUUUAACUUUGCCCCUCCCUCUUUCGUGGCGACAUGGCACAGAGAGCAAAUGCAGUAUAUAACGAAAGGUUCAAUUUUUUAAUAUUUAAAAACUUUUUUUAUAUUUAAAUGAAGUCCAAACAUAUCCACAUGAUAUUACUUUUUUUUU